GUGGAUACUUCAAACUUGAUAAAAAAUGAAAGAAAUAAGAAAUUCCGUUUCGAAAUCCGAGGAACGCGGAUUCAGUGACCUCGCGCUCGGUUUCUAAAAAGAGAGACAUUUUUGUUAAAUUGAAUAUGGAAUCAAAGACUUAUAGUUAAAAUUAUUUGUUGAGUGUAUUUUGUGUGAUAAACUUUAUUGUGUACAGACACCACAUGGUUUUAUGAUAUGGAGCCUCAGGGUGCUGAAGCGGAGAGCCUGCUCCGGGGCGAGCAGAGGGGGAUCAUGAUGCCGCAGAGACGGUGGGACAGUAAGGAUGGCGAACGGGCGCCGUUCCUCCGCAAUGAGCCGGUGAAGCUGACCCCGGCGUGGGAGGGCGCCAACCUGCCCGAUGACACCCUCAACCUUAAAGGUAUCGCCAUGGACUUAGCGCCACCGAAAGACAGAUGGCGGCUCAUAUACAUCACCCUCCUAGUCCACGGCCUCGGGACACUCACAGCAUGGAACAUGUUCAUCACUGCCCGGGACUACUUUGUGUCGUACAAGCUGAAGGACGCGCCGCAGUACGCGAACAACUUCAUGCCUUACCUGGGCUGGGCGGCGCAGGUCCCGAAUCUGGCGUUCAGCUGGUUCAAUAUAUUCGUUAAGAUUGGCGGUAACCUGACAACUCGCAUCGUGUGGUCGCUAUGCAUGGAGGUCCUGAUCUUCGUGGUAACGGUCGUCCUGGCGAUGGUCGACAGCUCACAAUGGCCGGAGAUAUUCUUCUGGUUGACGAUGGUGCUGGUGUUCUUUUUGAAUGGUUUUAACGCGAUAUUCCAAAACACUGUCUAUGGGGUGGCAGCUCGGCUACCUCCGCAGUACACCGGAGCGGUGGUGCUCGGGUCCAACAUAUGUGGCACUCUGGUGGCGUUCCUCGAAUGGGGCUCUGCCUCCUUCACCGGCAGUCAGCGGACGUCGGCUAUAUAUUACUUCAUAGUCGGCAUGUUUGUGCUGCUGAUAUGUUUCGACACGUACUUCGCUUUGCCAUUGAAUAGGUUCUACCGCUACCACGAAACGCUACAAGAGCGAACUCUACGUGUGAACCCCGCGCUGGCGGCGAACCAGCCUGCGGCGCCGAAACGGACGCCAUACGCGCUAAUACUGAAGCAGGCGGCGGUUCAGCUGUACAACAUAUUCAUAGUGUUCUUCGUCACGCUGACCAUAUUCCCCACUGUGCAUAGCGACAUCCACCCCAUGACGUUCAAGGCGGACGGCGGCGCGUUCGACAGCUUCCUCCACGCAAACUUCGUACGGCUCACCUGCUUCAUCACCUUCAACAUGAUGGCCAUGAUAGGGAACAUCACGGCCAGUGCGGUGCAGUUCCCCAGCCCCAAAUGGCUAUGGCUAUUCACCACCAUCCGGAUCCUCUUCAUCCCGCUGUUCCUGCUCAGCAACUAUCUGCCAGCUGGCCGGGAACGAACCCUGCCCGUGCUGGUCACCAACGAUUGGGCUUACUGGGCCCUUGCUGUGGUCAUGGGCUGGAGCUCUGGACACGGGAGCUCGUUGGGCAUGAUGUAUGUUAGCGGGACAGUAGCGCCCGAACACGCGGCAACGGCCGGCAUGAUAGGCGGGGCCACGCUAGUCACCGGCAUAGUAACCGGCAUCACGUUCUCGCGAUUCGGCGCCGAGAUUGUCUCCAUGGACCUGUGGAGGGGCAUGUAGCGACUAAUGGCAUACGCUGCGACGAUAUGGAACGUUCUAGAACACGUUGGGUUGUAAGUGAAGCUAUGAUAUAGUAACCUGUAUAUUUCUCUACUCAAAGAAGUGAAGUGACAAUUACUGACAAG